AUGGCUGCCGCUAAGCCCCAGCGUCACUCCGCCUGCGGCCAGGUGACGCUGGCCAAACGGUCACAGGGACCGGACUGCACCUCUGCACCGCAGGAAAUGAUUCGACAAACAAUGGAGCGAGAGACGUUCGCCAAGCCCGGGGCUUCCCAGCGAGAAGAAAUGUUGACAAUCCAAGUUAAAAAUACCAUGCUGCAUCUGAAUGGUCAAAACCUCAGACUGGCAGCUAAGAAUGGCCGCAUUUCAAAAACACCUGGCCUCCAUCUGUCAGCGACACAUGGAAAGGAGGCAGUGGGUCAUCUUACGACGUCCCCGCCGACCCAGGAGGGCACAGCACAGUUGGACUUGUUGCUGCUCAAGUCGCCCCGGCCUGACUUAGAGAGAGAGGCUGAGAAUCAACCUGUGAGACACCCGCUGAAGCUUGCCCCGCUGGAUCUGCCAGAGGAGGUGAGGGAGGCUCAGAGGCAAAAACUUAAGUUUAUCCAGCAAGAAGCUAAACCUGCUUCCUGUAAGAUUGAUGUGACUCUGAAUGAACCCCAAACGAGGAAGGUGAAGUCCUGUGUGAGACAGAGACCGCUGAAAGCUGCAGUGUGCCCCUCUGCUCCUUCCACUCAGCCACUCAAAGCCCAACAGCAAAACAGGCCCCAGCUGACACGCUCCAGCCCCAUAGAACAGAAUGGAGACAGGCAUCUGGAGGAUGUGGUGUGCCGAGGUACCCAAGCUCCCCUGUGCAGCAAACCUGCCCCUCCUUUACUUUCGGCCCGAUUUAAAGCUCAGGCCGCACGUGGUGGGGAGGCAACACGCCAAAACCCCAGCAUGCUCCAGCAGGAGACGGGCAUGAGGCGCAUGAGGCUGAGGAGAGCACAAUGCCUAGAAGAGGAUCAGUGCAAUUCAAACACGUCAACAGGGGGAUUAUCUGCAGAUGAAGGCAGGCUGGCCCAAAGUGUCCAAGGCAAAGGGCAGCGGGCAGAGAGGGCUUUGAGAGGGCAGCCGCACGCUGGAAAAAGCAUCCAGGGGCCUCCUGCAGCCUCUUGGGAGUAUGGAAGCAUCAGGAAGAGCCAUCAGGAUGACUGCAGUCAGCUAUCUGCUGGAUGCACUCUGAACCGGCAGUCGGCUGAAGUUGGAAGCAGUGCACAUGCACUUGAUGGUGUAAAGACAAGUGCUUCUAACUGGAGAUUAAAGAGGAAAAAACCCUUGAUCACAAAGCACAACAAUGCAGUCCCUGUGGAACGCCUCCAACUGUAA